AUGGAGCCAAAGCUGGACGUGUGUCCGAGUAGCAACAAGCAUCUGCGCGCUUGCUUGAGCUGUGGGCUGGUCAAGACCUCGGAUCAGUUUUUCGAGACGGGCUGUGAGAACUGCGCCUACCUCGACUUGAACGACAACAACGACGCCAUCGACUCGUGUACAACCGCACGCUUUUACGGGAUUGUUUCGGUGAUCGAUCCGAGUGAUAGCUGGGUAGCCAAAUGGCAGGGUAACGAUGCCUGUGUGCCUGGCUGCUAUGCGCUGCGCCUGCAGGGCCAUCUUCCCAGUGAUAAACUGGACGAGAUGCCACCCAAUCUUCGCCUGCGCUAUGAUCGGGAGCUCAAAAUGAGCAAUAGCUGA